CGCGCUGUGGGCCGUUAGCUGUCAGAAGCCUAGCAGCGGGUGGCAGGGAUCCGACGUCGGUGCCGGGACUCACUCAGCUGUCUGAGCCCCGCGCAGCGACAACCCGGAUAAGCACCGCGAGGCCCCGGCUGCCUGCCAGGUCACAGAGUCGAGCGGGGACCUCUGAGGCCGCUCAGGCAAGAUGGGGAACCGAGAGAUGGAAGAGCUGAUCCCGCUGGUGAACCGUCUGCAAGAUGCCUUCUCGGCGCUGGGACAGAGCUGUCUGCUGGAGCUGCCGCAGAUCGCCGUGGUGGGCGGCCAGAGCGCUGGCAAGAGCUCUGUGCUCGAGAACUUCGUGGGCAGGGAUUUUCUUCCUCGAGGCUCCGGCAUCGUAACCAGGCGACCUCUUGUACUCCAGCUUGUUACCUCCAAAGCAGAAUAUGCUGAAUUUCUACAUUGCAAAGGAAAAAAAUUCACAGAUUUUGAUGAUGUUCGACAUGAAAUCGAGGCAGAAACAGACCGAGUGACAGGGAUGAAUAAAGGGAUCUCGUCUAUACCCAUCAACCUACGAGUGUACUCUCCGCACGUGUUAAAUCUAACGCUCAUCGACUUGCCUGGAAUAACGAAAGUGCCCGUGGGAGACCAGCCACCAGAUAUUGAGUAUCAGAUCAGAGAUAUGAUUAUGCAGUUCAUCACCAGGGAGAACUGUCUGAUCCUGGCCGUCACCCCAGCCAACACAGAUCUCGCAAACUCGGAUGCGCUGAAGCUAGCCAAAGAAGUUGAUCCUCAAGGUCUGAGGACCAUUGGUGUCAUCACCAAGCUGGAUCUCAUGGAUGAAGGCACGGAUGCCCGGGAUGUGCUGGAGAACAAGCUGCUGCCUCUGCGCAGGGGCUACGUGGGGGUGGUCAACAGGAGCCAGAAGGACAUAGACGGGAAGAAGGACAUCAAGGCGGCCAUGCUGGCGGAGAGGAAGUUUUUCCUUUCUCAUCCGGCUUAUAGACAUAUCGCUGACCGUAUGGGGACCCCACACCUCCAGAAGGUCCUGAACCAGCAACUUACCAACCAUAUUCGAGACACCCUGCCCAACUUCCGGAACAAACUACAGGGACAGCUGCUCUCCAUAGAACAUGAAGUAGAAGCCUACAAAAACUUCAAACCGGAAGACCCCACGAGGAAGACCAAAGCUCUGCUGCAGAUGGUCCAACAGUUCGCUGUGGACUUUGAGAAGCGAAUCGAAGGGUCGGGGGAUCAAGUAGACACCUUAGAGCUCUCUGGCGGUGCUAAGAUCAAUCGCAUUUUCCACGAGCGCUUUCCUUUUGAGAUAGUGAAGAUGGAGUUCAAUGAGAAGGAACUGAGAAGAGAAAUAAGCUAUGCAAUCAAAAACAUACAUGGCAUCAGGACAGGGUUGUUUACUCCGGACAUGGCAUUUGAAGCAAUAGUCAAAAAGCAGAUAGUAAAGCUGAAAGGGCCAUCCCUGAAGAGCGUGGACCUGGUCAUGCAGGAGCUGAUCAACACCGUGAAGAAGUGUACCAAGAAACUGGCCAACUUCCCCAGACUUUGUGAGGAGACAGAAAGGAUUGUUGCUAACCACAUCCGUGAGCGAGAAGGGAAGACCAAGGAUCAGGUCCUGCUAUUGAUCGACAUUCAAGUCUCUUACAUCAACACCAACCACGAAGAUUUCAUCGGCUUUGCAAAUGCUCAGCAGAGGAGCAGUCAGGUUCACAAGAAAAGCACACUUGGAAAUCAGGGAACCAAUCUUCCGCCUUCAAGGCAAAUUGUGAUUCGUAAGGGCUGGCUGACCGUCAGCAACAUUGGCAUCAUGAAAGGAGGCUCGAAGGGCUACUGGUUUGUCCUCACUGCAGAAAGCUUGUCCUGGUAUAAGGAUGAUGAGGAGAAAGAAAAGAAAUACAUGCUUCCACUGGACAACCUGAAGGUGCGGGAUGUGGAGAAGGGCUUCAUGUCCAGCAAGCACGUCUUCGCGCUCUUUAACACGGAACAAAGGAAUGUAUACAAAGACUAUCGCUUCCUGGAGUUGGCCUGUGAUUCCCAGGAGGAUGUGGACAGCUGGAAGGCAUCUCUGCUAAGAGCUGGCGUCUAUCCAGAUAAGUCUUUAGCUGAAAAUGAUGAAAAUGGCCAAACAGAAAACUUUUCCAUGGACCCACAGUUGGAGAGGCAAGUGGAAACCAUACGCAACCUAGUAGACUCCUACAUGUCAAUAAUCAACAAGUGCAUCCGAGACCUAAUUCCAAAAACAAUAAUGCACCUUAUGAUCAAUAACGUUAAAGACUUCAUCAACUCUGAGCUCCUAGCACAACUAUAUUCUUCGGAGGACCAAAACACUCUGAUGGAAGAGUCUGCUGAGCAGGCUCAGCGCCGGGAUGAGAUGCUCCGAAUGUACCAAGCCCUGAAAGAAGCCCUUGUGAUCAUUGGUGACAUCAACACGGCCACUGUGUCCACCCCAGCCCCUCCUCCAGUAGAUGACUCCUGGCUCCAGUAUUCCCGCAGGUCACCUCCUCCAAGCCCCACCACCCAAAGAAGGCCGACUCUAAAUGCUCCCCUCACCAGACCCACAUCUGGCCGUGGACCAGCUCCUGCCAUUCCCUCUCCAGGCCCCCACUCGGGCGCCCCCCCAGUCCCAUUCCGCCCUGGCCCGUUGCCUCCUUUUCCCAACAGCAGUGACUCCUUCGGGACCCCUCCGCAAGUUCCGUCCAGGCCCACAAGGGCACCCCCCAGUGUUCCAAGCCGGAGGCCACCCCCAUCACCAACUCGUCCCACCAUAAUCCGUCCACUAGAAUCCUCUCUGUUAGACUAAAUGAAGUGUCUGGCUUGGCAAUUAAUCACUAAUGACUUAUGCAAAAGCAACAUACUCGGUAACCUUUGCAGUCAACCAUGAGUAGUCGCAUGUAUGGACAUCCAUAGGCAAGUAGCCAGUUUUACUAAUGUAUUCAUCACUCAUCUUCAUUGCUCAUGGUACGUCAGACCUUUGGGGUUUGACUGAAAAACUGCUAACCCGUAGAGAGGUUUACUAUGUUGUAUUGACCAAGGUCGUUGUGGAUAGCAGUCCUAUACUUUGGUACCAUUUAUCUAUCCAACAUAUGUUUGAAGUUGCUCUGUAAGCGUUUUCUACACUGUCUACAGAGAAGCUUAGAGCAAUUCUUAACAGAUAUAAAAGAGUGAGCUUAGAGCCACACAAAUUUUCCCACACGUUGUUUAGAAUGACAGAAAUUCUAUUGUCUGAUAUUAAUGCCGCCACCUGCGCCAUAAAUGCUUACUAAGACUUCUUUUCCUACUUAUGUCAUAGGACUGUUAGGAAGCAAGAUCUUAAACUUAGGAUUGCUUAAGAUGGAAGCUUUUCAGGGGCAUGAGGCAGUUUGCAGAGGAAAGUCUACAGGGUUUGCUCCUGGUGCCAGUGUGUUUGUUUCAUGCUAGCUAAAAGCACAAUCAACAGUGAAGCAAAGCUUGAGUUUUUUGGUCAUCAGUUGAUAAAUUUGGCUACUUUCAGAGUUCAAGGAAGAAGCAAAAAUAUCAGCAUUCUAAAAGUAUCUGGGAUAAUAUAUUAUUUUCUCAUAUAUCUACCUACUUGUAGGAAGGCUGACAUUGAAAAUGUUUAAUUUUCCAAUUGACUGGGGGGACAUGGAUAACUAACUCCAUUUAGCUAUUAUCAUCAUCACAUCAUCAUCAUUAUUAUUAGCUAGAGCAAAAUUACAUGUAUGCUAAGACAUGAUUCCUAUGCUUUACAUAUAAAUUAUUAUGCAAGCAUACCUUUAAAGUUACUUUAAUGUCUCUACCCAUUCCAGACUCUCUUAAAUCUUGCAGAUUAAUAUGACACAAUUGCAUUGAAAACAUGGUCCCUAGUAUGAAAAGAAAUUCAUUUGAGAUGCCACAGUUUAGGAGCACUGCUCAUAUGUUUACUGAUGCCUUGCUUCUGAAAAUGCCUUUGCAAUACUGAGCUGCAAAACAAGUUUGCAAACUCUAGCAUUUCUAACAUUUACCAGAGCAGCCUAGCCUAGAGGUUACUAGUUCAACCUUGAAGUUCAGUUUUGGACUACCCACAAGCAGAUGAUUAACCUAUAGGAAGUAGCUAGAAGCCAAAUGGAAUUCUGUCUGCUAACUGCUCCCAGACUACAGGGCGAGCAUUCACUGAAUUGUGGUGUCCAGUGACAUUAUUCCAUAUUCACAGAAGUAAAUCAGGUUUUACUGACUGCAGUGUCUCCCUUUGAAGGCAGCAAACAUGAUUUGUAUGUGAACUUCACUUUAAUUUCCUGUGCAGUUUCUAACCAAAGCAAGAAGCUAUAAAGUAUGACAUAAAAAAACUUUUAACCAUUAUUUUUGCUUAAAAAAAAAAAGGAAAUUUCCAAAUUCAAUGACACUAUAUUGAACUUAUUCUAAUGGGUUAUAUCCCACUUAUAAUUGGCUAAAUUUAGAGAAUCUGAGACAUACAAAGGGGGUAAUUUCAACCUUUAAGUGACAUAGAAUAUUACCGCUCUAAUUUCUCAAACAUUUAUCCAUAGAAAAAAAUGUGAAUGGAACUCAUAUACAAGAUGUACAUUGUCUUUGAAAACAGUGUCCCAAAUAAAUGGAAAAACCUUUCAGCAAACCUUCAUAACUGAACAGCUGAUGGGCAGUGAGGUCUUCUCACAACACUCCCUCCAUUUAGGCUUCCCUUCGCUUCUUCCUUUGAGCUCUCUAAAAUGGGCAGCUAAGGAAUUACAUACUUCAAGGUCUGGCUCCAUUCAUACUGUGGUUUUGCAUCUUGCUGUAUUUCAAAUUUUUUCCUUCUGUUAGAGGAAAAUAUUGCAGAAAACCACUGGUGUGUUCUCAGAUCAGCACAAACCAGUGUCAAGGAAAAUUGGGGAUUUGUCUCUCCACGUUUCUUCCCACUGAUCUUAGACAGUAGUAGAUGACAGUAUUUGUCACCUUUGGCUUUUGCUUCUUGAGCCACAGAUGCCCUGUCCCAAAUGUCUCCCUUCGUCUGGACAGUUUUGUCCUCUCUGCCACUGUGUUGUAUCUGGUGGCACCCAAAACCCCCUAUCCCACUCCCACCUCAGAA